ACUUUGCAGUUACCUAAGUGAGAAUGGAUAUUUACGAGCCUUUCUUGAAUGUGACACAAAUUCGACUGCGCAGUUCAGGGACCGUUGUCUGCGUGUUGGUGUGCAUCAUAAACUUGUGACAGAGGUAAGUGUGGGAGAAGAGGAUUAUCGAGAUUAAUUGAGUAUUAUUUAGUUCAAAUAAAGACACAAGUGGGGCUUAUUUACUGAAAUUGAAACAUUAUUUUAAUUUUUUAGUUCGUUUCUUCGUGGGGUCAGGGGUUAGGGUUCAGCUGGGAAACAUUUUCCAUGAAUUACUUCACCAUCGCCCUUAAAAACUUUAAAAGUGUUCACCAGUGUUCACAACUAUUACGUUUGGACAUUUUACCGCCGUAUUAUUGGUGCGUGAUUUCCCGCUAUAUUAUCUGUUUUUCUAGCUGUUACGACUCUUAAGUUGAUGAGCGAUAAAUUGUAAUCACACUGAAAGUCAAAUUAAGAGAUAUGCAGUCUGUACAAUAGAAGAAAAUAACCCAAAUAUAUAUGUUAGGGAAAACUACGCAGUCGCCUGUGGAGCCCAUUUUGCGACCGGUUACUUAAUUUGUAAAGAGGCAUUCACGUGUAUUUACAAAGAUCGUAAAUACGGAGUCCUCGUUACACGUUGAGCGGAAAUGACUGCCAACUCACUUAGAAACCGGUUUCAGUUCUUAGGUAACUCCGCUACUGUCGUGGGUGUAGCCUAUGGUGUUGGUCAGCCGUGUAAAUCUCACUUUAUCUUUCAGAUUUGGAAGCGGUACAAUAUCAUUCAUGCUACUCUAACGUGAUAGUUUCUUUUUCCCAUUCUGCCGGCAUGCCCUGAAUGUGGCAAACCGCUGACGUAAAACGAGGGAUUUGGGGCGCAAGAUUAGGCCUGUAGGAUGCUUGUGCUCCAGCUCCAGCCAGCUGCCUGCCCCCUCUCUCCCUCCCUCCUCCCCUGUUUCAGUGAAGAGCGGCUUCUGUGUUACAACAAUGGAGGUUUCCAGCAAUGACUGUGUGAAUUUUAGUUCCUCAAAUAACUUUCAGCUAUGCCUGAAUGCUUUCAACUGUCUUCUCUGCUUAGAUGUCUGCUGCACAGAGUCUGCGUGUUCUUCAAUGGUAUUCAAAGCCAGGUACUUCUGAAGAAGUUAUCAUCCACUUCUGUCCACAUGCACAAUGUUACGCGUUGUCUAAUCACUUUUGUAUGUUUUCUAGGCACAUUUGGAUGUGGUCCUGUGGUGUUGAGGUCUUUCAGCCUCAGUGUGCAGAGAAAGGGCUACAGUGAGUUCUACUUUCAAACUGUUCAAUGCUACAAACCAAGUGAUGUUUAUACAAGGCAUUCACAGUAGAUAAACUUAGUGUUUGAAACUAUCUACUCUCUCCUUUUGCUUUCCGUGCAGAGUAUGUAAAUGCACAGGAGCUACCAACGGACAUGAAAUCCAUCACUGACCGGGCUGCCACUACCCUCCUAUGGACUGAACUCUUUAGAGGUAGCAAAGAAUCACACACAUGCAUGUGAUAUGCAUUAUUUAAGAAUGAACAAAUCAGACAAAAAUGCAAAAACAGACAACAAAUAAAUCAAAGUAGGGGAGAGUGGGGUAAGUUGAGCCACCCCCUGUUGCUUGGAAAUGGUAAAAGUAAACAAUAAUGGGAAAAGGUUAAACUCGAUAACAGUCAUGUUAGCUAUAUACAGGCUUGGAGCAAACCUGAACCACAGCUCAGUUGGAUGUUUGUUGUGUGAAUAUGAUGAAUAACUCUGGUAUUGGUCAUUAGAGUGAGUUGUGGAUGUCCUUGGAUCUUUAAAACCUUCCUGCAGGUCUGGGGAUGACCAUGAGUUAUCUGUUCCGUGAACCUGCCACCAUCAACUACCCAUUUGAGAAAGGCCCUCUGUCUCCUCGCUUCCGUGGAGAGCAUGCCCUCCGCCGCUACCCUAAUGGAGAGGAGCGCUGCAUUGCCUGUAAACUAUGUGAAGCCAUUUGUCCCGCUCAGGUGAGCACAAACACACUACACUGCUGCUAUACAGAUUGAACCCUGUUAGUGUAGAGAGCUUGUCAUUUCGUUUCUUCUCAAAAAUAAACCCGAUAAUAGGUUCGACCCGUGUGAAUUCUGGAUGUAUGAGAGCAGGGAUGACCUUUUGUUUUUCGUUUAUAGUUUAUCAUACACUACCUACAUCAUCUUGGCUUUUACUCAUUUCAUUUGUAUCAUCAAAUGUAAUUGUUUCUUUUAAAAACUUUGGGCAUUUACAAGCUUAAGUUCUGUGAAAUUUCCAUGUUGUUUUUACAGCAUCCAGGGUUUUCUACACUUCUCUCUGUAUAGAGAACAUAGGUUGUGGCUUAUUCCAAAUGAAGUGCUGUAUAUAAGGUAGAUGUGUCUGUCAUAUCUGACUUUGAUUUGUCUUCUCUGGUUCUCUCUGUGUUGAGCCUAGGCCAUCACCAUUGAAGCUGAGACUCGAGCUGAUGGCAGCAGGAGAACUACACGCUACGACAUUGAUAUGACCAAAUGUAUCUACUGUGGCUUCUGCCAGGAGGCUUGUCCUGUUGAUGCCAUUGUUGAGGUAAGUUCUGUUUCAAAACAUAUAUCAAGCAUAUAAUUCUAUAUUAUGAAUAUGUAUUUUGAUAAACAGAUGUUAAUUGUCUUCUUUUUCACAAUCCUUUCAUUAGGGUCCAAACUUUGAGUUUUCCACUGAAACUCAUGAGGAGCUGUUGUACAACAAAGAGAAGCUGCUCAACAAUGGAGACCGAUGGGAGGCUGAAAUAGCAGCCAACAUACAGGCAGACUACCUGUACAGAUAGACCCACAGAUGUAGUGCACUAUUCUCCCAAAGUUGUCCUCUUGUGCUUUAAAACGGUUAUUUGUGGCUUUAAAAAAUAUUCUAGAGAGUGUCAUAUGUAAAGUAAAGCCUCGAGGCCUCAGAUUCUGUUUUUAAACAGACAUGAUGUAAACACGCACAAUUGUCGUAUUAUGUGAUGUCCAAUUGCACUGAUUUAACCUGUGAAUCAAUGUCAUGACCCAUAUAACCAAUGCACUUUAUGUCAUAGACUAUUUCCGGCUGCACUUCAAAAGCCUGUUUUACCUCCAUGUAGUAGCUAUAGGCCAUCUUUGAUCAAGUAGGCCUAAUUAUGUAAUGUUGCUAAAACAUUCUGAAUUACUGAAAUAAAUGUCUCCGAACAUCAAAAAUUAUCCCUUUAUUUUAAGUAUUACUAAAAAGGAGAGGUGACUGACUUAUUUAAUGAUCACCCCAUAACUAUCAAUAUAUGCACUGACCAGAUAUGUUUAUUUCUCAGACAAACAAGGUGUCGCCCGUCUGUUUAUUUUUAAUCUGCCUUUUUAUAUAAAAGUGAGCUAAAUAAAAAACAAAGAAAGUCCUGCUUUUCAUAGCUAAUAUAUCUCAACAGAGUGUGUGAGGGGCUUUUACCCAAGAACACUAUCUUUGAAGGCAUAUUUGUUCCUCUGAUCCAAAACCUGCUUUUUCCUACAGGCACGUGUUCGAGUGAUUUUCACCUGGCAAUAGUGAUAGAGGGUAAAGUAGGUUUGGGUGGAUUUAAUAGCUGCAUAUGUGGGAGAAUAAGGUCAGUAAGAGUAGUCUUGGAAUUUGCAUGCUAUCUUUAUUUUGCGCAGUGGUUAUGACUAACUAUCACAAAGCAGUUAUUUUCAAGGGAAUUCAUAUGGUGAUAAGAAAUGUUUUAGUCAUCUGGUCAUAUUUACUCUCUCAAACUACCAUAUUUUGGUUCUCUCUCCUGCAGCUGUUAUUGUGCCGAAGACCCUGAGUCCACCAGGGAAGACUCACAUUCCCCAGGAAUGGGUGGAAAAGCAUUUUUAUUUGGUCUCCUCAUAGCACUUUUUUUCCCUCCCUUUGGACAUUGCACAGUUAAAAAUAAAAGAAAACUACUUUAA